UUCUUUUUUCCCCUCUUGUAUAUUGACUUCCAACUGCCAAGUCUCCCUGGUUGCAGAGAUAUGAUGGCGGAGGCUGAGAGCAAUUGCAGUGACUCGAGAUGGUCUCUCAAGGGCACCACCGAGCUUGUCACCGGUGGCACUCUCGGAAUAGGAUAUGCCAUAGUAGAGGAACUAGCUGGAAUGGGUGCUACCGUACACACCUGUGCACGUACCGAAUCCAAACUCAACGAUCGGUUGCGUGAUUGGAAUGCUAAGGGCUUUGACGUAAGGGGUUCGGUCUGCGAUGUAUCGGAUAGAGCCCAACGUGAGCAGUUGACUGAGAAGGUCUCUUCUGGUUUCAAUGGCAAGCUCAACAUCCUUAUAAACAAUGUGGGAACAAACUUCAGUAAGCCAACGAUUGGGUACACUGUUGCAGAUUUCUCAACACUUAUUGCUACUAAUAUUGCAUCUGCUUACCAUCUAUCCCAACUUGCACAUCCUCUUUUAAAAGCAUCUGGAGCAGGAAGCAUUGUGUUUAUUUCCUCUGUUGCAGGCGUGGUGAGUACAGGCACUGGGUCCAUUUACGCAGCAACUAAAGCUGCAAUGAAUCAAAUUACAAAGAGCUUGGCUUGUGAGUGGGCAAAAGACAACAUCAGAAGCAACUGUGUUGCACCCUUCUGCAUCAGAACGCCUCUCAUUGAACAUGAGCUGGCUAAGAAAAGCAAGAUGGAAGGCGUGGCCUCUCGAACCCCCUUGGGGUGCCCUGGAGAGCCGAAGGAGAUCUCAUCUCUGGUGACAUUCCUUUGCAUGCCUUGUGCUUCAUAUAUCACAGGGCAGGUUAUCUCAGUGGACGGUGGAUUAUGGUCUCUCAAGGGCGCAACCGCUCUUGUCACCGGUGGCACUCUUGGAAUAGGAUAUGCCAUAGUAGAGGAGCUAGCUGGAAUGGGUGCUGCUGUAUACACCUGUUCACGUACCGAAUCUAAGCUCAACAAUCUGUUGCGUGAUUGGAAUGCUAAGGGCUUUGACGUAAGGGGUUCGGUCUGUGAUGUUUCGGAUAGAGCCCAACGAGAGCAGUUGAUUGAGAAGGUCUCUUCCGGUUUCAAUGGCAAGCUCAACAUCCUUAUAAACAAUGUGGGAACAAACUUCAGUAAGCCAACGAUUGAGUACACUGCUGCAGAUUUUUCAGCACUCAUGGCUACUAAUAUUGAGUCUGGUUACCAUCUAUGCCAACUUGCAUAUCCUCUUUUGAAAGCAUCUGGAGCAGGAAGCAUUGUAUUCAUCUCCUCUGUUGCAGGCGUGGUGAGUACAGGCACUGGGUCCAUUUAUGCAGCAACUAAAGCUGCAAUGAAUCAAAUUACAAAGAGCCUGGCUUGUGAGUGGGCAAAAGACAAUAUCAGGAGCAACUGUGUUGCUCCCUUCUGCACCAGAACGCCUCUCAUUGAGCAGAUGCUGGCUAAGAAAAGCAUGAUGGAAGAGGUGGUCUCUCGAACCCCUUUGGGGCGCCCUGGAGAGCCGCAGGAGAUCUCGUCUCUGGCGACAUUCCUUUGCAUGCCUUGUGCUUCAUAUAUCACAGGGCAGGUUAUUUCAGUGGACGGUGGAUUGACUGCAAAUGCUUUUUCUCCCCCGAUAUAUGACUGAGAAAAUCACUCAGCUAAUUGAAGAGUCUAAAAUCUGUUUCUAAUCUUCGUAUUAUCUGUCUGAUGUGUAUUGUUGUUAAGUAACUGGUUGUGGUUUUUCCUAGAUCAGAUGUUUCUUCCUUCAUAGGGGUGCUUAUAAAUUAUAGUUCUCUUGACUAUAACAAUGUCUGUACUCUGUAAAAGAGUACAAUAUUGAACAACUUAAGACAUCCCAAAAUGAAUAGCUUCAAUUGGUUUUGAUGAAUUAGUUUAAUGAACCUGCAAUUUUGAAAGUUUAAA